CCUCCCUAUUGUAUGCUGGAGGGAGGGAGAGAGAGGAUCAGUGUGGGAUGAAUUUCAGCCGAUGGUAGUGUGUGCAGACGAAUAGAGGAGUGUGUGCACGUGUGUUGGCGAGGACAAACCAAGGAGCCUAAGACGGAGACAGUCGUGUCUAUGAGAGAAAGGCAGAGGGGGGAUUCAGGCAGAAGGGAGUGUUAGGAGAAGGGGAGGAAGAGGUAGCAUACAGGAGAGUCCAAACUGAGAGAUAAGAUGGCUGAGCCGGAGCUAAAAUCACGAAGCAGUCGUGAGAGCGUUGCCAAGGCAGUGAGCCAGGAGAAGAUGGGGGCAACAGAAGCUGACUCCAACCAAGAAGGUCUCAUUGUGGAACAAGAGUCUCCAACGGCUCCUGCUCCCACUACGCCCGUCGACAACCUUCCUGCCAAGAGUGAAAAGAUCGAGCUCAAGCGCAGCAUCACCCUCUUCAACGGCGUGGGGAUGAUCAUAGGGACCAUCAUCGGCUCGGGCAUCUUUGUCACCCCCACAGGUGUGGUCAAAGAGACCGGCUCUGCUGGCCUCUCGCUGGUCGUCUGGUCUGCCUGUGGAGUGGUGUCCACUAUGGGAGCCCUGUGCUAUGCUGAGUUGGGGACUACCAUUGCCAAGUCUGGGGGAGACUAUACCUACAUCCUGGAGGUGUACGGUGAACUGGCAGCCUUUCUGAAGCUCUGGGUGGAGAUGCUGAUCAUCCGUCCGUCGUCGCAGUAUGUGGUGUCACUGGUGUUUGCCACCUACCUCCUGAAACCUCUGUACCCCAGUUGUCCGGUGCCGGACAGUGCCGCCAAGCUUAUUGCCUGCUUGUGUCUGACCUCCCUGACUUUUGUCAACUGCAUCAGUGUGAGGGCUGCCACCAAGGUUCAAGACUUGUUCACAGCGUCCAAACUGCUCGCUCUGUGCAUCAUCAUCAUCUUUGGCUUCAUCCAGAUCUUCACAGGUGAUGUUCCUUAUCUGACACCAGAAAAGUCAUUUGAAGGCAGCAAAAUGGGUGUCGACAACAUCGUCCUUGCCUUGUACAGCGGUCUUUUUGCUUUUGGCGGCUGGAAUUAUCUGAACUAUGUAACAGAGGAGAUGAUCAAUCCAGAGAGGAACCUGCCACUGGCCAUUAUCAUAUCGAUGCCUAUAGUCACGGUGGUGUAUGUUCUGACCAACCUGGCCUACUUCACCACCAUUUCUCCUCAAGUCAUGGUGGAGUCGGAGGCUGUUGCCGUGACUUUUGGGGAGCACCAUCUCGGCGUGAUGUCCUGGCUCAUUCCUGUCUUUGUGGGAUUGUCCUGCUUUGGAGCCGUCAAUGGCUCCCUCUUCACUUCAGCGCGCUUGUUCUAUGCUGGAGCUCGAGAAGGUCAGCUCCCCGCUGCUCUGGGACUGGUCCACACAGACCUGUUCACACCAGUGCCGUCUCUCAUCUUCACUUGCUUCCUGUCCAUGAUGUACGCCAUCUCCCAGGACAUCUUCUCCGUCAUCAACCUCUUCAGCUUUUUCACCUGGCUGUGCGUCGGCAUGGCCAUUGCCGGCUUGGUUUGGUUGCGUCUCACCAAGCCAGACCUCAGAAGGCCCAUCAAGGUGUACCUCUUCGUCCCGGUCACGUUUGUGCUGGGCUGCGUUUUCAUGAUCGUUGUGUCCUUCUGGGCCGCUCCUUUCGAGUGCCUGAUAGGCACCAGCAUCAUUCUGACCGGCAUCCCCGCGUAUCUGCUGGGCUACAAAUGGAAGAAGCCCCACAUGGUGCAGAAGGUGCUCGAGCUCUUCACAUUGUUCUGUCAGAAGAUCCUGAUGUCUGUUCCUGAGGAGAAGGAGCGACACGAGGCGGCUGAGUAACAAACCAGCCAGGAGAACGUCUGUGGCCAUCCAUGUAGUGUUUACAUUCAUUCACUUGUGAUUUGACCCCUUAAGCUUUUCUAUUUUAAACUGUAUCAAAUGUGGAAGACUUUCAUGUUUACAAGAACUUCUGGGCAAAAUUAGUUAAGGAGUAUUUUCUGUCUUGAGGCACAUUCCCUCUUAAAACAGUUUAAAACCUCUAAUUCAGUUUUUUAUUCUCACAGAAGCUUUUUUAAAGCUUUGAUUUCGAGUUCAACGCUCUAUUUUUAAAAUUAGAUAACUGCCGUGAGCACACAGUGAUUUAUUACUCGGACGCACACAUGUUCAGUCAAAGUGUAUAUAAGAGUAGUUUAUAGAAAAGAUACAGCUUUGACAGUUUAUAUUUUAUCGAUCUGUACAGGGUUUUGAUAUAGUUUACAGAUCUUUAGAAUUUGAAAGUGACCAGAUUUAGCUGCAACUACUAACAAUUAAACAGGUUUCAAAUACACUGAUAGCGUAGAAAAGCUAGGACAUGUUUAGGGAAGACUAAAAAACCCAUACAUACUGUAUUUUGCAUUUAAUUUUUUUAUUAUUUUUAAAGUUUUUUAUUAAUUCUUUUAACAACAAGUCUACAUUAAUGUCUUUAAAGCACAGAUCAAUGUUUUUGAUAAAGACCCACUCCGAUGAAAAUAACAUUCAUCAUUCUUGUCGUAUUUUCUGAUCAUGGAGGUCAUAUUUUACGGAAACUUAAAAUUGAUUUGAGUAUUUCUUGAUUUGAAUCGUUUUAAAAAUGUAGUUUUAAAAAGAUUGUAUUUGUGAUGUAGAAAACAUAAGCAGAUCCACGAGCAUCUUCGUUUUCCUCAUUUGAGCAUCUGACUAAAACUGUACGGACGUUUUUGUUGCACCGGUAAUGUUAGGUUAGGGGUGUGAUGGGCUGUAAGCUAGUGGGGAAGCAUGUAAACAGACAGCUCUCAGUAAAAAUCAAUGGAAGGGGGCGGGACUUCUCAAUACGUACAGCUCAAUUUAUAAUUAUCUACUGCCACUCUGCAGAAAAUAUGUCCCAGAAAACGACAGUUUAAAAAAAAAUGUGACUAAAUGAUCAUAAUUAAAAGAUCACUUGGAACGCUUUUACAAUAGAAAAAAAAAAGAUUGGAGUGGGUCUUUACAGUGUUUGUUGCUUUCAUGCUUUUUGUAUCAUUUUCAUUCCACUGUAAACGGCUGGUGAGGCAAAACUGUACAGAAUAGAGAAUAGUGGACUUAUUAGUGUUUGUAUUGAAUGUAUCGUCUGUGCCAGCAGUGUCCGUCCUGAUGAUCCACGUCCUUAACGUCACUUCAGGACCAGAGUGAAUGUUACAAAAUGGAAGCCUUUUUUCUUUUUUUUUUUUAAGUUUUUUCUUUUUGAGAAAGCUGUUACUAAAGACACCACCUGCUGUCAACUUAAAAGCUACAAAUCCAGGUUUUAGAGAACAAAGCACCUAUAAAGAGCACAGAUCCUAAACAUUUCAAAACAUUAAGAUAUGAUGCACUAAUCCAAAAUUUGCACAAUACUAUUGUCAGAUUUUGAUUAAUAGAAUCAACAGUAUAAAAAACAGUUACUAAAAUUGUCUUUUGACUAUAAAAAGACCAAAAAAUACCAUUUGCUUACAGAUAAAACUAGAAUAAAGCACCUUUUAUAGUAAUAAAUUAUUAGCGAUUUAGCCCCAAGACAUUUAUUUCAAAGCUCAGCUGAUUAAGAAAUGUCUUUGUGCUUUUAUUUGAAUGUAACAAACUUAAUAUUUAAUUAUUUGAUUCAGAUUAAAUUAUAUUUUUUGACCCCACCCUCCAAGCAAUCUAUUUUAUAUUAAUCAAAACAUAUUUAAUUGUGUGAGUAUAAAAUAUCUGUUUAUGUAAAUCAAUGUUGCCCUAAGCGGCAGGACCCUGCUAAAGUUAUUUUUAAUCUAAAAAAAUGAAGAGUCUCUAUUGCAAGUGUUGUAUCUCAGUGACCAUGGCAGGUACAUGUAACAAUAAAAGUAUUUUUCUUCAAUGUUUGAUUAUUGAUGUCUUGUAAUCAAAAGAAAUGUGUUUGUGAACUCCAAUAUUCUUUGUUGACAAUAAACAAAAAUAGAAUAUUAGUAAAAAAAAAAAGAAAAAGAAAAGGCCAGACGUUACCUCUUUGCAGAUAAGAGUUUCCAACAGAACAAGCCGUCCCUGAACUCAAGACAGCUUUGAUCCGAGCCAUGAUAUCCCAGCCCAAUUUUCUCAAGGUGCAGCCCAGCGGCUUUAUCUAGCGAGGCAUCAACUGUUUGGGUAGUGAUCUGUAUGGAAGCCUCUUUCUGUCUUGUUUGUAUUGCCACGCGUGCUGGCUGUCAGACAAUGAGUUUUCUGAAACCUGUGCUGUCAGGAGACUUCAUAUCUGUCCGAGGAGGAAAUGAGAAGCUGUGGUGGCUGCUGGUGGAUGUGUGAUCAGAGCUGCUGGACACAAUAUUAUUGAUGGAAGAUUGGAGCCGACGAGGGAACUGAUAAUGUAUGAGUCUUUUUUUAUUUUACCACACAACAAAGAGACCACUAUAUAUUGUCAUAUUGUUGUUUUAUGAUAAAAAAUAUAUAUAAUUUGGCUUAAAAAUGUAUUGUACUUAAAAAGGUAACUGAAUAAUUGUAAAAUUUAAAUGAAAGAACAUGUUUUCCUCUCUUUUAAAACAAGACCAAUUUUCAGUCCUAGAUAUCACCAGCAGAGGGCGCCAGAGGAACAAUAAUGAUAGAAAGAAUAGGGAAUUUAGUUCAAUGAGAUCAUUAAAAAACAGCAACGUCAUACUAAUAGUCAUUAAUGCAAUUAAAACAUUUACCUUUUUGGGUUAAUCACAAAGUUUUCUAUUUGUAUUUUUAAAAGUACCAACAAGAUCAUGUUUUUACUAAAAAAAAAAAAUCUUGUCUCUUUGCUGUUACAAACAGGCCUAUUAGAUUUUUUGUUUUGUGAAAAAAUUAAAUUCAGGAAUAUUUUUAUUGGAUUGUGUAUAAAUGAGCUCUUCUUUUGACCCAUAAAGUGAAGUUUAGAAUUUGCUCCAAAGGGGGGCAGUGUGUCUCCAUCACCAUCAUGGAGUAAAAGAGAGGAAGAUGGUGGAGGGGGCAACGAGAGAAAAGGGCGAUAGAUUCCAUUUCUAUUCUACCUUUAAUCCAACUGUGAAAUUCAUAAGUAAAAGCCAGUUAUUUUUCUUUUAAGGUGUUUUACUGAAAGCUUGGGCACUGCAGCGUCAAGGUGGAGUUUCAUCAUUACACUUUAACCAAAAACACGGCCUGCAGGCAGAAAUAUGUUGCUUAAUAUACUGUAUUGAUCCCAGCUGGAUUUUCCCCCAAAAAGCAGUAAAAAGGUCAAAGUACAUUAAAAUAAGCUGAAAUUCUUCCGCUAAUGACCCAUGUGACAGCAGUUACCUUCUACUACAUCAAAGAUAAUGCUCCUAAUUAACCUCGGGAACAUCGGAGUGGGAAACUUAUAGCAAAGUGCAGCUGAAAAAUAAAAAU